AUGACGGCAGAGGUAACAAUUCCUGAGACAGGGGUAAAAAGCCCCGUUCCUACUACGACCGUGCAAAUGCCUGGUCAAUUCGAUUCUUCUACUUUGCGUACUGAAGUGAAAGCGUCUGCUCUAGUGGCUGAACUAGUUGGUACGCCAACCAAAAAUUCACAGCCAGCCGCAGCCCCUUGGAAAUAUAGCCUGCCCGAAAUAUCUCUUGUUGACCGACACGUUGAUGAGCCGAGAAAACUCAAGGUUGCUGUUAUUGGCGCCGGUUUGGCAGGCGUCAUCGCGGGUGUACUUUUACCAGCCAAGGUCCCUGGCAUUGAAUUAACCAUCUUCGACAAGAAUGCGGAUGUGGGUGGUACCUGGUUUGAGAAUGUGUAUCCUGGAGUCCGCUGUGACGUGCCAGCCCAUGUGUAUCAAACCUCAUUUGAGCCGAACACUCAGUGGUCUGAGCAAUUUGCACAAGGAGCUGAGAUCAGGGACUACUGGACAGGGAUAGCCCAGAAAUAUGACGUCUAUAAGUAUCUAAGGCUCUCACAGAAGGUUGAGGAACUGAAAUGGGACGAUGAACGGUCACUAUGGCUGGUGCAAGUCCAUAAGCUGGGAACGGGAGAGGUUUACACCCAUGAAGCUGACUUUGUCAUUACGGCGAUCGGAAGGUUUAACGCUUGGAAAUUGCCUAAUUACCCAGGCAUAGACGAUUUCAAGGGACUUCUACGACAUGCGUCGAAUUGGGACCCGACCUUUGACCCUGCUGGAAAGAAGGUCGCCGUUAUUGGAAACGGUGCGAGUGGGAUCCAGCUUGUCGCCAACAUUCAGAAGCGAGUCCAGCAUUUGGACCACUAUGCUCGAAACAAAACCUGGAUCGCAGCGUCUUUCGCAGGCGACUCAACUUCAAUUGAACCAAUCCCGCUACCAGAUAACACCAAAGAGUUGUUCAAGGACCCCAAAGAGUACCUCAAUUGGCGCAAAGACGUUGAGGAGAAGUAUUGGCGAGAGUUCGACAGCUGGAUCAAAGGAUCUGAGAAGAACGAAAAGUCUCGUGAAGACUUUAUAAAGUUGAUGGAAGUGCGGCUGGCCAAGAAGCCUGAACUAGUCAAGAGUUUGAUUCCUGACUUUUCGCCGCAUUGCAGACGCUUGACCCCCGGUCCGGGUUACUUCGAAGCGAUCACCGAGGACAAUGUUGAAUACAUUCAGGCACAUAUCAAGCGUUUUACAGAGACUGGCAUCGAGACAGUUGAUGGCAAGCAUCGAGAGGUUGACGCUGUCUUCUGCGCCACUGGAGCAAACGUCGACUCCGUCCCACCAUUUAGUAUCAUUGCUAAGGGAAAGGACAUCAGGAAGCUUUGGUCAGAGGACGGCGAAUACGGGUUCCCAUACACAUACCUGGGUUAUGCAACACCUGGGUUUCCCAAUCUACUCUUCCUUCAUGGUCCCAAUGGUUCUGGGCGUGCAGGGACAGUGCCGCAUAAUGUGGAGGUUCAGAUCACCUCAUUUGCUCGAAUUCUCCGUAAGCUUGCAAGAGAGGGCAUCAAGAGCAUACAGCCAUCGAAAAAGGCAGCAGAUGACUUCAUACAAUAUUCUGAUGCAUUCUUCAAGACUACUGUACUCUCUGAAAACUGCAGUUCUUGGUAUAACGGUGGAAGACCAGGGGCUAGAAUUCAUGGUCUUUGGCCAGGGUCCGCAUCUCUUUACUCGAUACUCUCCAGAGACCCUAGAUGGGAAGAUUGGGAAUACGAGUAUUUGUCGGACACGGGCAACCGCUUAGUGUGGUAUUUCGGCACAGGGCGUACCAGAGCUGAAGCUGAUCCCGAAUUUGACAUCACGUCCUACCUCAAGGUUCCAGAAGAGAUUGAUCUCAAGGCGCUGCAUGAGGGAUGGUGGAAGGUCUCGUAA